ACGUGCGUGGGCGGGACUCACGCGUUUCCCGAUGUUUUGAUGCCUCGACUCUUGCCGACGACGGACAUACUCAGCCCACUGGCGACACCCAAUAUCCACCCGACUCCACGCCAACAUUCAAUGCCGCUGUCGCCUCAGGCGCUAUCGUAGUUCGGGCAUUGUCGCCCUCUCUUUCACUCGUUUGAUCUGAACAUCAACUCCCCCCCCCCCCGGCCGACCGACGGCUUGGAAUCGCGUUUGUUUACAUCGCCAUGGCCGCUAGCGGCGCGAGGGCGCAGAAGCCUGUGGGCUCUGCAGCGUGGAUUUCAACGGAGAAGGAGAAUGUUACGAAUCUGGUGAAUCAGGAGAUGGAAGAAGUGGAAUAUCCGGUGCGCCAUGAGAUGGAUUGGCUGAACGAGCAUAUGGCCGAGAUUUUCUCCAGCAAUCAAUUCAAUUUUACGGAGGCGUUUAAAACCCCCGGAAAACUUAGAGGCAAAACGCCUCGGACUAUACGGAAAAGAGAUCCAAAUGAGAACCGGGUGCCAUUGAGUGAGAUCUUUUCAACGUCGCAUAACAGGUUUGAGGAUAAGGUUGCGAGUCCGGCAACUCAUCGCUCUCCCACAAAACCGGCAGCUCCUGUUCCUGCGCCUGCUCCUGCAAGUGUUGCUGCUACACUCACAAAACCCGAGCACACGAAAGAUGGUACCCCGCGACUCCAGUAUCCUGAUCUGAGCAAGAAUAUCAACUCGUUUACAACGUACAAUACGGACUCCGGUUACCAUGGGAUGCCGGAUGAACGUGAGGGCGAGGACGAGGAAGAAGUAGAGGAUGAUAUGGUUCUAACACAGGUACAGCCUGAAUCGCAAACUUCCACUCAGCCCUUUGAUAGUCAAUCUAUCCCGACAGAUGUACAAGAACAUCGAUCCUCGCUUAGCCGCCGCACUACGGGCGCUUCCUUCCACUCGGCACAGGAGGACGUGCAACAAAAACGCGGAAACAUGGUAGAGCCCAUGCAAGUUGACCCAGCUCCAGGGGAGACUGCAAAGGAGCGAACUCCACAGCCACCGCUGAAGGCUAGGGAGCCGGAGCCGAAGGUAGAGCCAGAAGUACAGCCAGACGCAAAACCGGGCGUAGAGGAUGACGAGGGACCCGAACCAAAGGAGCCAACGCCAGAACCGCAAAGAGAGGCGGAGCAAGAAAAAGAAUCAGAAGAGACAGAGGAAGAUCCACUGCUGAAAGACAGAUUAUCGCCAGUGAAGACUCCAGUUCCCCAGCCCUCGGAGCCUCGCGAAGAGGAGAAGGAUGGUGCAAAAGAUGACAUGGCACUCGAUGACGAUGAGAACCUGGAUGAUAUCGGCUCUCCUUCCGAUGGCUCUACUCCGGAACGCCCUCUGGUUCGCAAGAGCAGCCUCUCUUUUGCGUCACUCCCUGCUCGCGAGCCCCUUAUGAAGAAGAGUCUGGGUGGCUCCAGGAUGUCCCGAACAAGUCAUGUUGAUAUUUCUAAGAUCAACAGUACUGGGGGAUCUAGCUACUUGGGUAGGCAGACUGGUGAACGCAGAACGACCCAGGCAGCUCUGGAUGAUAAUCCCACCCAUGGUGAGAAGAUAGAUGUCGAUGAUAACAAAGAGAGCACCCAGGACGAUACGGAUGCAGAAACAAGGGCUAGCAAGCUACACAACAAAUCGUCUACUCAGAGGCUACAUGAGAAAAUUAGCAUGCUCGGUAAACUUCAACCAUCGCGACCUACAAAAUCCAUUCCGUCCGUUCAAGGCGUGUCCUCUACACAGGUGACUUAUCCGGAACUCCCCUCGUCUAAGGCUGAUGCAAAGCCGGAUACGGCCUCCCAAAAAUCUCGCGGAACGCCAGUUUCAGAGCCCAUGGAAACUGAAGAUGACGAUUGGAUUAAACCCUUUAGCUCCCCCUCGAAGGCGAACUUCCCCAGAAGCCAGGCAACAGAUAUGCCGGAGAAACGCUCUGGCACUGGCGCAGGCCAAGUUUCCGACAACGAUAGCGCUUUCCCUCCUCAAAAAGAGAGCACGGCCCGUGAAGACCAAGCAAGAUCCGGCGCGAAACAGGGCCUGGAAGCGGUUCUUGGCAAAUAUUCGACUCCAACGUAUUCAUCCCCUCAGCGCCCUGUUCAUCAGGCCAAACUCUCUACUUCGCACGCAGAUAGUCAUGUGUCGACCACACCUGUAGGCUCUCCUGUCGCACAAGACGGUCUAGUGAGUGCGUCUAAGUCCAGAUUACAAUCCAUCGUGAGGUCUGCUAAAGGCCUUUUCUCGAACACUGGUGGCGUUGCCGCAGCUGCCAGGAUGGAGGCCUCUUCACCAGACGAGCACAGAGUACGUCGCAGUGAACGCGCCGAAUCGGAAUCUACCAGUAGGAAGGCGCCGCAGCCGACUCGUGUCCAGAGCCCGCCGCGACAGGAAGGUCGCAGAACGCGAAGCUCUACUGAGAGGGAGGAAAGAGAAAGGCGGAAGCAAAAGGAACUUGAGGAUCGCCAGCGUGAGGAGGAGCAGGCAGAGAGGAUACGACAGCAAGAGAAGGAGAUGCAAAGAGCCGCCCAGCUGAAGGCUGCGCAAGAGAAACUAUCGGCCGAAAAUGAGAGUCGCAGAGCACCGAUUACAUCCAGUCCGCAAAAGAUGCCGCAGCCACAGAAACAUUCAUCGAGAGAGCCGGACUCUAACUAUGAGCCAACUCCAAAACACACCGCCCGUCCGUCUGUAUCACAGCAGCAACAGCUACGCCGUCCCCCCAAGCCUACUCGGGAAACCCUGCAAAAACCGAGGCCUCAGCCCGUGUCGAUCCGUGUUGGUAGUGCUCUUUCUCGUCAGAUCCCAUUGGCGUCGUCUUCAGUGUCCGGGGUUGCGGAGUCUAGUACCGCAGCGCCAACUCCCGCUUCCGCUUCCAAGCAACCUACCCUCAAGAAAAAGGCGAGCAAUUCGUCUUUACAUACUGCCUCUUCCAACAGUAGCUUCAAGAGUUCCGUCUCCAGUCAGACACAGAGAAAGGCCCAACUUGCCAGUGAGAGGAAAAGAGAGCAGGAAGAACGCGAAGUGCGCCGGAGGGAAGAACAAAGACGCGAGUUGGAACGCAAGCGGGCUGCUCAGCAACAGGAAGAGGCUCGUCGGCAAGAAAUGCGAAGUCGCGCGGAGGCUGAACGUCGAGAGCGACUUGCUGCUGAAGAUCCCAAGAAGGCCGCUCAGAUGCAAGCCAUCGAAAAGCGGAGGCUGGAGAACGCUCGAAGGCUUGAGCGACAAGGUAGUCAGCAACCCGAGAUGAACUCCGCCCACCCUCCAGAGAGACCAGCUUCCCAGGCUUCUCGUCCCGCUUCCCGCCUGGGUUCCAUACAACCGUACAACCGCACAAUCAACCCACCUCAGCCCAAUCCGGCCAAACCACCCAAGAGAGGGCUCGACGAGGAGGCCAGCCAUCGCUCUGCAGCACCGAAGCCAGGCGCUAUGCAGCCUUCUGGCGAGGCUAAACGGCGAAGAACGGAAGACGAACACAAUCCCAUCAUGCGACCUACAAUGGCUCCGCCGAUCCGCCAAUCGAACAUCCGCAAAGAAUCGAUUAUUCGUAAGGAACCUACGAAGCCUUCUAUGUAUGGUCAUGCACAAGCCACCAUGGCUCACCAGUCCGGCUCUUCGAUCUUCAAAGCCGCCCAGCCUCAGCGGCCUGCGCAUCCGAUGGAUAUGGCCAAAUAUGCAAGUGGCAAGAUCCCCUUCGCAGAACCUUCGAAUGCCCCAUCCCAGCCGGCUACUCACAAGACCCCGGUUGCCGGUUCUUCGAAGGCACCUCACAAGCCGUCACCGAACUACCCCAAUGGCGAGAACAUCCAUCUGCCAGAAAUUGCAACUGAUAGUGAGGACGAAGACUCCGAUGCAGAGAUGCUCCCUGUACCCAAGUGGGCCCAGCCGAAGGAGCUCGAGUCGCUUCUAAGGCAGCAGGAGGGCCUGGAGGCCGAUUCCAUCUUUGGUCCAAUUGCUCCGUUCUCACUCGAGGAGACCUUUAAGGCGGACAAGAAGAUCAAAAAAUUCCGCGAACGCACCAGUAGUGCAAACUGGGCUGGUACUGAUGCACUCACCCAGGAAGAAAUCCGAAGGGAUCUUGCUGAGCGACAGCGUUUGCGACUUAAUGGCGGUUGGUCUUUCAAUUAGCCUGUAUUUCCUUGCAUGAUACUUUGUCUUAUUCGGCAUUGUGGUUUCAUUCUGGAUUGUUUUAGUAGGAGUAGAUUUACGCCGAUUAGGCGAUUGGCAUGACCGGUUAGGCGUUCUUUAAAUGAGACUGGACAUUGUUGUUACGGUUAUCUGCAUUAUGGACUUUUUAAUCGAUACACGGACUGGUAUGUCAUAUCAUGCAAGGCUUUAAUAUCAGUGCGAUAUGUUCGAGCAACGGUGUGAAA